AUGGAAGCUUGUGAUGGUAUACCCGGAACAAUUGUUGUUCGUGUGGGAAACAAUCGGCCGGACUUGGGAACGAAUCCAAUUUGCAAUCGUUUCACCGAUCCCCUCGAAGAAGGGCAACCUCUUUUUUUACCCUGUAAUCCGCCUAUGCCUGGAACUUUCGUUUCCGUACACUUGGAAGCAAAUACACCGGCACUAGUUCCAGUGCAACUUUCAUUGUGCGAGUCCUUCGUGUACACUGAUCAGGCUCUUCCCAUCGAGAGGUGUCCACAAUUUAGAGAUCAGCCACCAGGUUCGACAGCAACCUACAAUGGAAAAUGUUACAUAUUCUACAAUCGCCAACCGAUGAUAUUCCGAGAAGCAUUGGCAUUCUGUCGUGCACGAGGUGGUACUUUAGUGGAUGAAAGUAAUCCUGCGUUACAAGGGUUUAUUUCGUGGGAACUAUGGAGGAGGCACAGGAGUGAUACUUCGAGUCAAUAUUGGAUGGGUGCAGUAAGAGAUCAAAAGGAUCGUACGGUUUGGAGGUGGACAGGAAGCGGCGACGAAGUUUCUGUUUCUUUCUGGAGUCUACCUCAAGGCAGCGAAGAAGACUGCGCCCGAUAUGAUGGUAGUAGAGGAUGGCUUUGGUCUGAUACUCCUUGCACAGCUCGAUUAAAUUUCAUCUGUCAACACCAACCACGAGCGUGUGGUCGACCAGAACAGCCUCCGAAUUCCACGAUGACGGUGACCACAACAACAGAUCGGAAUUCCGGAAAUGCAUAUGAAGUUGGCGCGACGGUGGAUUACACUUGUAACGCCGGCAGCCUUCUUAUAGGACCGUCGACUCGUACAUGCCUCGAUACUGGCUUCUACAACGAGUUUCCACCGGUGUGCAAAAGCAUCGAGUGCGGUUAUCCAGCGAACAUAAAACACGGAGGUUACACACUUAUCAACAAUACCGUUAGUUAUCUCAGUCAGGUGCUUUAUUCCUGCGAUGAAGGAUACGAGAUGACUGAUGUAAUAUCGUUUGAUACCUGUGUUGAAACGCUUCGCCAACGAGCAUUUUGAAGGAAAUUGGUCGUGCAAGACUGACAUGCGAUAUCGAUGAGCGCUGGAACGGACCGCCACCACGUUGCGAGCCAAUUCUGUGCGAUCCUCCUGCUCCUGUUCCACAUAGUUAUAUUCAAAUCGAUGAAGUCAACGAGACCGAGACAGUACCAUCGAAAACGAACUUCAGUCGAAGUCUUCUCGUAGGCAGUAUCGUUACAUACACUUGCGAGAAGGGUUAUAGACUUUCUGGCUUCCGACAAAUAUUAUGCUUGCCUACUGGCUUAUAUAAUCAUGUCGCACCCACUUGUACGGAUACACCCGAGGACGUGUGAUAGUCAGGAUGGCCGUGUCGGAGAUGAAAGGACACCGGGCCCCCCCGUUGGAAUUAUUUGGAAAAGCCUCAAUACUGUAGCAUUUACGAAAUAACCCAG